AUGGAUUUUCACAGUACACACAGUUGAAGGGUUUCAAUUCUACUCAAAUUCCUCACAAUCCAAAUAUCUCACUGCAACUCCGAUGACGGCGCCGGCCGGUUCUCCGGUUCACAAAAACCGAACCGGAAUUAGUAUCAGUAUUAAUGAUCAACGUUGCGUCGUUAAACCGGAUGAAACUAAACCGGAUGAGACUAAACCGGUUCGAUAUAGGAAUGGAGGAGGUGUCAUUGUGUAUAGAAGGAACAAGCGAUUGAAAACCGGUUCGAGUGAUGGCAAAGUUGUGAUUAACGAUGAUACGAAGGGUAUUCAAGUCAAAGAGGAGUCAACAGUGAAGCUGAAUGUGGAACCAAUGGAAGUGUUGUUGAAUGAGAAUUUGAAUUUGGAAGCGUUAGACGAGAAAUCGAUUACUUGUAUUAAUAGUAAUGUGAAGCCUAUGCAAAUGUUGUUGAACGAGCAUUUGAAAGCGAUAGAUGAGAAAUUGAUUAUCUGUAGUGAUCCUGCAUCAUCUACAUUGAGUAUAUCAAAUGAGAAGAAUUCGGAAGCUUUGGACGGGAAAUUGAUCACGAGUAGUAAUGGUGCAUUUUCUGUAUUGAGUACUUCGAAUGAAAAUUUGGAAGCUGUGGACGAGAAAUUGAUUACCAGUAGCAAUGGUGCAUUAUCUGUAUUGAGCACUUCGAGUGAGGAUUUGGAAGCGUUGGACGAGAAAUUGAUUACGUGUAGUGAUCCUGCAUCAUCUAUAUUGAGUAUUUCGAAUGAGAAUUUGGAAGCGUUGGACGAGAAAUUGAUCACCAGUAGCAAUGGUGCAUUAUCUGUCUUGAGUACUUCGAGUGAGGAUUUGGAAGCGUUGGACGAGAAAUUGAUUACGUGUAGUGAUCCUGGAUCAUCUAAAUUGAGUAUUUCAAAUGAGAGUUUGGAGGCUUUGGAUGAGAAAUUGAUUACGUGUAGUGAUCAUACAUUAUCUGUAUUGAGUACUUCGAAUGAGAGUUUGGAAGCUUUGGAUGAGAAAUUGAUUACGUGUAGUGAUCGUGCAUUAUCUGUACUGAGUAUUCCGGAUGAGGUUUUGAAAGCGUUGGACGAGAAAGUGAUCACACGUAGUAAUGGUGGUGAAUCUAUAUUGAGAACUGCUACAGAACAACAACCGGAGAUGGAAUUAUCGAAGAAGAUUUUGAAUGAGAAUUUGGGGGCGUUGGACAAGAAAUUGAUCACGAGUAAUGGUGAAUUAUCAGUAUUGAGUAGUCCUAUAGAACAACCAGAGAUGGAAAUAUCGAAGAAGAUUUCAGUUGUAGGAAGGCCUACUACUGUUAGGGAGCUUUUGGAGACUGGUUUGCUUGAAGGAUAUCCAGUUUUCUAUAAUGGUGGCAAGAGGGGAAUUCCACUGAGGGGAACAAUCAAAGAUACUGGAAUUCUAUGUUCUUGUAAUCUGUGCAAGGGUGCCAGGGUUGUUCUUCCUGGCAAAUUUGAGAUCCAUGCAUGUAAAGCAUAUAAACGUGCAUCAGAGUAUAUCUGCCUGGAAAAUGGGAAGAGUCUCCUUGAUGUGGUCAAAGAAUGCAGGAAAGGUUCUUUGAAGAAAUUAGAAGCAACAAUUCGGAGCUUCAUUGGCCCGCUUCCUGUGAAAGAAAAUAUCAUAUGUCAGAAUUGCAAUAGUUCUUUUGCUGCAACUUCAGUUGGAAAAAUUGACCAAAUUUGUGAUUCUUGCAUAAUCUCUUUAAGAUCAGAAGCCACUCCAAAUCAGUCAAUAAAAGUUGAACCUGGGAUGUUUAAGCCCGUUCGGAGCAUAAAUUCACUUGAAAGUUCAACUGCAUCUGAUACUUCACUAAAAAGGAGUAGAGGAAGAAAACAGAAAAAGGCUGUGGAAAUAUAUUCAAGGAAAAAGUCCGCCAGAAUAUCAUCAUCACAUAUAAUCUCAGGAAGGAAGGAUCAGUUGAAGACACCAAACAGGUUAUCCAAUACGGUUCUUUCUCCACACUCAAAUGGAGAUGCCACAAUGUGCAAUUCUUCCAGAGAUAAAAUGCAGAGCGAGAUCUCAAAAAAAUUGUCAAAAUCCAUUGCGUCUUCAAAUUCCUCGAAAGCUGGUUCUCUUGGUAUUUCAAUACACUCUAGGACCCAAUGGAAAAUUACAAAGAAGGAUCAAAAGAUGCAUUGGUUGGUUUUUGAGGAAGGUGGACUGCCCGAUGGUACUGAAGUAGCUUAUUAUUCUCGUGGAAAGAAAUUGCUCGUUGGUUAUAAGCAGGGCUCUGGCAUAUUUUGUUCUUGCUGCAAUUCUGAGGUUAGUCCAUCACAAUUUGAAGCUCAUGCAGGUUGGGCAUCUCGAAAAAAACCCUAUGGAUGCAUUUACGCUUCAAAUGGAGUGUCUCUACAUGAAUUUGCUAUGUCCCUAUUGAGAGGUCGUAAGUCUUCUGUCAAAGACAGUGAUGAUCUGUGCAUCAUAUGCUCAGAUGGAGGAGUACUGGUGCUUUGUGAUGGAUGUCCAAGGGCCUUCCAUAAAGAGUGUGCAUCAUUAUCAGCUGUUCCCCGUGGUAAAUGGUACUGUAAGUAUUGUGAAAACAAGUUUCAAAGGGAGAAGUUUGUGGAGCACAAUGCAAAUGCUGUCGCUGCUGGGAGAGUUGCUGGUAUUGAUCCCAUAGAGCAAAUAACUAACCGUUGCAUUCGUAUUGUCAAGAACCCAGAAGACGCAGAAGUUAUAGCAUGUGUUUUAUGCAGGUGUUACGAUUUUAGUAAGUCUGGAUUUGGUCCACGCACGGUUAUCCUUUGUGACCAGUGUGAGAAGGAAUAUCAUGUUGGCUGCUUGAAGAAACGCAAGAUAGCAGAUUUGAAGGAGUUGCCUAAAGGAAAAUGGUUCUGCUCUGUGGAUUGCAAGAGGAUCUAUUCUGCGUUGCAAAAUUCAUUGACCUCAGGAGAAGAAAAGCUGUCACAAUCAUGCCUGGGUGCUGUAAGAAUGAAGCUAAAGCAAAAACGUAUGGAUUUUGUUGGUGAUCUUGAUGUGAGAUGGAGGCUUCUAAGUGGCAAAAUUACUUCUCGUGAAACCAGAGUGUUAUUAGCAGAAGCUGUUUCAAUCUUCCAUGAUUGCUUUGAUCCUAUUGUUGAUUUGGCAACUGGACGUGAUUUCAUUCCAUCUAUGGUCUAUGGAAGGAAUAUUAGGGGCCAAGACUUUGGGGGCAUGUAUUGUGCUAUAUUGACAGUAAACUCAAUUGUAGUAUCAGCAGGGAUCCUCCGUAUUUUUGGUCCGGAUAUGGCAGAGCUUCCUCUAGUGGCAACACGUAUUGAUAGCCAGGGCCAGGGUUACUUUCGGUUGCUCCUCUCCUGCAUAGAGAAAUUGCUUGCGUUUUUAAACAUAAGAAGAUUCGUACUCCCUGCUGCCGGUGAAGCAACAUCAAUAUGGACAGAGAAAUUCGGAUUCAAAGAGAUACCACCAGAUCUGCUUGUCAGCUACAAAAAAACCUGCUGGCAAUUGAUUACCUUCAAAGGAACAUCUAUGCUGGAUAAAAUGGUUCCUAAAUGUCGAAUCGUUCGACACGAGGAAACUGAAACUGAUGCACCAGAUGAGUAGCAGUGACCCAAAGAUAUCCCACAGCCGGCAGUUGUGAGACUAAUCCUCCGUUCCUCUGUCAGCGCACUAAGCGAUAGAGAACUGGGCACAGAGUUUGCUCCAUUCACCAAUGCAGGGAUCAAACCCCCGAACUCUUGCUUAAGGGACAUGACGCUGAACCACCAUGCCAACUCUAGUGGUUGUUACUAACAUUUACUGUAUACCAGCCAAAUAUAUAACAAAAAGCUGAAGCCAAAAUACCAAAAAAUUGAUUUUCUUCUUUGGUUUUCAAUGUAUAUGAUUUUUUUGUCCA